AUGCAACAACUAUCACUUGUAUCAAUUCUAACUGUGUUUGCAACUUAUUCACAAUCAUUAUUCAUUCCAAAAAAUCUAAAUGAAUUCGUUCCAAUAACAACUCAAACUGAUGUUCAAUCAUUAUUACAACAAUAUCCAAAUGGGAAAAUAUUGGAUGACAUUAAUGAUCCAAAUGAAAAAAUAUUCAUAUAUAAUACUGAAUCUUUAAAUACUUAUAAUAAUGGGGUAAAGGAACAAGAAAAAAUUGAUGAACUUUUCAAAAGAGAAGUUAUUUUAAUGGACGAUGGAUUGAUUUAG